AAUGUCACUGAAGGAUCAUGCCGACAAGAUGGUGGGAACUCAGGUUUUUGUUGAAGAUGAAUCUGGCGAUAUUUUUAAAGGAUUACUUAGAGGGUUUUCAGCGGUUGAUCAACUCGAGGUUGAAUUGGUUUCUGUUUAUAAAGUGAUAUUUGUGUCGGAAAGCAAGUUUUCUUUAACUCGUCUUGGAAAAAAUGAAACAAUGAAAGUAGUAGCUACACGUAUAUCUGGUGAUUCUGAACCUGGGAAUGCACGGACGUUUCGAACAGACUCCAAAAUUGCCGCAACUAAAAAUCUUAAUAAUGGUGGAAAUGAGCAUUUAGAUAUGUCGGAUACAGAAUUAGAUCUCCAAGAAUGGGAAGAUGACGGUUGUGGUGAAUAUGGUGCUAUCGAAUCCAUAAAUUGUGUUGUAGAUGAACUUGAUAGUUUGGGUGGGUGGUCUGUUACAGAUAUGUUCCAAGCAAAUAAAGAUAAAUGUGUUGGAAAUGGAACUGUUUUUGAUGAAUCGGAGUUUUCAAACGUUGGAAUCGGCGAACAUAGUAAAGAAGUAUUAGAGAAAGCUCAAGCACUUGCACAACAAAUUUCAAUGAAUCCAGCAAGUCGACAUAAUGCCCAGCUAGAAAAUGAUGAUGAAGAGCGUGAUUUAGACGCUGCUACUAAAUUUGAUGCAAAUGAAAAAUCGCAAAGAGGAGGUGGAAAAUUUAAUGAUGAAUGUAAACAACGUCAAGUAAUGGAUAAAGUUUCACUUUCAGCGACUAAAAUGAUUGAGUAUAAGAAAGAUGAUGGAAAAUAUGAGAAGAAACCGUUUACUUCCGAAAAGAAAAUUCAUUCUCAAAAAGUAAUGACAUCAGAAUUAAAUGACGUUAGAAAAGGUGGAAAUAAAAAAUUUGAGAAGGAAAAGAAGGUUGAUGCUGUAGACGUUUCCCCUCCACCAGAACCUCUACCUCCACAAAAUGUAAAAGCUCCGACACCUAUACAAAGUCGCAAAAACAGUGCUGGUGGACGAGCUAGUGUUGAUAGGGCAGUAUCUGUUCAAAGCAGUGAACAGGGGGAUAAAGGAGAAAGAAAAUUUAAAUUGGACCUAAAUGCCCCUUCAUUUGUUCCUUCUUCAAAACCAUCAACAAAAGUUGCUGAAUCCACUACAAUUAUUAAUUCAAAUAAUAACAAUAAUAAUAAUAAUGUUUCUUCUGCUCCAACACCAAUGAUUUCUAAUAAUAGUUUAGUUGUUUAUAAUAAUAAUACUAUUGGCACAACAACUUCAACAAAUAAUUUGGCAACUAUAGCUACUAAUUUUGGAAAUAAUUUUGUGACAAAUCAAGUAGCAACUUUCGUUCCUGUUCCGGCUGCGUCUUUACAACAAUUUCAAUAUGCUCAACUUCAACACCAACCGCCAAUAGCACAAGCACAGGUUCCUCUUACCCAUCAACCAAUGUUGACAAAUCAUAAUCUUUCGCAAAGUCCUUCGGUUCAGCCACAACAGCAACAUGUGCAACAGGUGACUAUACCAGCAACUGUUCAUCAACAGCAACACAUAUUUCAACAGCAGCAACAAGCGGCUGGAUUUUAUGCAACGGGUACUGAUUCAGCUAAUCUUUCCGGUUAUGUUUUGAAUUGGGGUGCUACUGCUGGAAAUAAUUUUAUGGCGAACCAAGUAACAACUUUUGCUCCUGUUCCUGCUGCGUCUUUACAGCAAUUUCAAUAUGCUCAACUUCCACACCAACCGCCUAUAGCACAAACACAGCCACCUCCUACCCACCACACAAUGCCACCAAAUCAUACGCUUUCGCGAAGCCCUUCUGUUCAAGCACAACAGCAACAUGUGCAACAAGUGACUAUACCAGCAACUGUUCAUCAACAACACUUAUUUCAACAGCAGCAACAAGCAGCUGGAUUUUAUGCUUCAACGGGUACUGAUGCAACUAAUCUUUCCGGUUAUGUUUUGAAUUGGGGUGCUCCUGCUGGAAAUAAUUUUAUGACGAAUCAAGUGGCAACAUUUGUUCCUAUUCCUGCUGCAGCUUUACAACAAUUUCAGUAUGCUCAACUUCAACAUCAGCCUCCAAUUCCACAUUCACAGCCACCACUUCCACAUCAACCCCCACCAACUCAUACACUUUCACGAAGUUCUUCAGUUCAGCCGCAACAACAUGCUCAACAAACUAAUAUGCAAGUGGCAACAGCACAUCAACCACAACAACAACGCUACUUUCAAAUUAAAUACCCCAAUUAA